AAAAAAAAAAAAACCCUAAACCCUUUUCACUCCAUCUAUACAUACACACACACGUACUGUUUCUAACACAUUCCUUAGCCUCUCUCAAAAUCAUGGAGGCUACUUCAAUGAAACAGCAAGAGUUCACACUAGCCUCAGUCACUGAUCUCACCUCCUCCUCCUCAUCUCCUUCGUCCUCCUCCCCUGUUUCAGCUACGUUCUCCCGCGUUAAUGAAGUCACUGAGCUUCGAUUUCACGAAUCUGAAUUCGGUUUUGAUCUUAGCUCAACUCAGUUGUUCAAGUUGGGGCCGCUUCAGUUCAUGUGUGUUUCUGAUAGGUCGGAUUCCAUUAAAGAGGAUUCAUUCUCUCGAGGAGUUGUGAUAAAGUUUAGAGAAGAGAAGGAAAGCAAGGAGUUUGAUUCAUUUGAGGAGUGGACAACGAAUGCUGCUGGAAAGGUGCUUCUUUGAUCCUCCUCCUUGGCGAACGGAACAGUUCCAGAUGGUAAAAGCAAGUUCGACAAUAAGAUAGAGGCUGCUUCAGCCAAAAUGUAUUUCCAUUAUUACGGACAACUUCUACAUCAGCAGAACAUGCUUCAGGAUUAUGUGAGGACUGGUACUUAUCAUGCUGCGGUCAUGGAGAAUCGUUCAGAUUUUGCUGGGCGUGUUGUUGUAGAUGUGGGUGCUGGAAGUGGCAUUUUGUCAAUGUUUGCUGCACUGGCUGGUGCCAAGCAUGUGUAUGCUGUGGAAGCGUCAGAAAUGGCUGAUUAUGCCCGUAAACUGAUCGCUGGAAACCCAUUACUUGCUGAACGAAUCACAGUUAUCAAGGGAAAAAUUGAGGAUAUUGAGUUGCCUGAGAAGGCAGAUGUUUUGAUCUCUGAACCAAUGGGGACUCUGUUGGUCAAUGAGAGGAUGUUGGAAACAUAUGUUAUUGCUAGGGACCGUUUCCUAUCUCCAAACGGAAAAAUGUUUCCGACUGUUGGAAGGAUCCACAUGGCACCUUUCUCCGAUGAAUUCUUAUUUGUUGAGAUGGCAAAUAAGGCUUUGUUUUGGCAGCAACAGAACUAUUAUGGUGUUGAUUUGACACCUCUGUAUGCAUCAGCACACCAGGGUUAUUUCUCCCAGGUAAAUCCAUUUACAACUAGUGAUUAG